CGACGCAUGCGCGCCAGAGUCGCCGGUUUGGAGAGCAUGGAGAGAGCUCCUGCCCGAGUGACCAGAGUUUACUCCGGUUUUCGCGUUCCUCGAGAACAUCGUCGCGGUGCUUAGACAGUCACUCCCGAUCGUUUCGUUACCAACUUCGCGUCCCACGAAUCACAUUUCGCACAUACAACGUAAAGGAAGAAAGUUGAUUGUCGCUAAAAACGUAAAGUUAUAAUAAACUAAUUCUAAGAUUUUAUUUCAAAACGCGCGUUGCAUUUAAACAAGUAUAAACAGUACUUGUCGGAUUAUCGGUUGAUAGGGUUUUUUUUUUUUUUUGCAUAUGCUCGUUUGGCGCAAGUUUUCUUUCGUUGAUUGUUUGAAUUACUCUCGCAAAUUUUAAUCACCAAUUGGAAUUUGUUACUUAAAAAGUUUGAGUGAUGGCGCAGCUAAUCAGCGUCAAGUUAUCCAGGUUUGAUAAUUCACCUUGGGGCUUCCGACUUCAAGGUGGCAAGGAUUUUGGAACACCUCUCGUCGUUCAGAAGGUGAACGGGGGUUCUCCCGCUGAGGCAGCUGGUCUCCGGGCUGGCGACUCGGUGAUCAAGGUGAACAACACGGAUACGUUCAACCUGAGGCACAAGGACGCUCAGGAUGUCAUUGUGAGGGCGGGAAACAACUUCGAAAUAACCAUCCAGAGAGGCGGCAGCACAUGGAAACCCAGCGUGACACCCGUGUCAGCGACCCUUCCAACCCCUAAGCCAGCCAGCCCUGCGGCCAGUAUUUCACCCGUAACAAAGACAUCUCUGGCAGCGAAGAAGCAGGAUGGACCACUGAUCGGAAGCGGGCACAACUUCAGCCCAAAGCCAUUCUUGAACGGCAACGGGGAAGCUCCUAUCAAGUCUAUUGUUAACAAGCAGUACAACAGCCCGGUGGGUAUCUACAGCGAAGAAACUAUAGCAGAAACCUUGUCUGCUCAGGCAGAAGUUCUCGCCGGUGGAGUACUGGGGGUCAACUUCAAGAAGAAUGAGAAGAACUACAAUGCCGAGAACAGCGAAGUUUUCAAAAUGGUCCAGGAGGCGGACAAGGAGCCAAGGUCGCCCGAACCCGUUUCAUCCCGGACGGAAUUUUAUUCUUCGGUCAGUCAUGCCGUGGGGGGUCGCGCCACCUCACCAAGGUCGCCGACACCCCUGGGCCGGGCUAUGGGUCUCGGUCAAGGGCAGCAAAAUUUGAAUUUCCAUCAAUGCUCCGUGCCCGGACAAUCCGAACGUAAUCACCUCCACCGAGAAGAGACGAAACCCUCAUCAGAAACUCCCGUUUGCCGCAACUGCGAUAAAUCAAUUGUGGGCGUCUUCGUAAGAAUAAAGGACAAGAACUUGCACGUGGAAUGCUUCAAAUGUUCUACCUGCGGUACGUCCCUGAAAAAUGUCGGCUACUACAACAUCAACAACAAGCUCUACUGCGAUAUCCACGCAAAGCUGGUAGCCAGGCAAAAUCCACCAGCUUCAGGCCUCGUCCCAGUCACAGUUGCACCCGGCAAGGCACCCGCUGGCACCAUUUCCGCAGCACUGGCUAACGUUGGUGCUGGUAUCCCUCCCUUGGCACCUCUGUCACCAUCUUUGAACAAUCACUCGUCGCCCCAGCCUUUCACCUGCAAUCGACCGAUCAACGUAGCCAGCAUACAAGACGGCGUUCAACGUCUUCGCAUGGAAAACGGUACUUCCGGAUUAUCCUCGUCUGCGCCGGUUCCACGAUCGCCCGAAAAUCAAGCGAAACUAAACGUGACUCGCAAUGGUGCGGGCGAGAAUUCAAAGACCUUUACCAGUACGCUCAUCAUCCAGACGGGGAACGAGGUUGGCAGUACCAACAACGGCGACAAGCUUUUGUACAAUAACACUGUUAACACAGAUAUUUACCUCGAACCAAAACGUGAUAAUCAAAAUUUGUGCGAGUUUGAACUAACCAAUACCAUCGAGGAACCGAUCACUGACCUCCUCGCGAUUGCAGCCCAACCUUUCCCAGUUCGAAAGCAGGCAUCGUCGACGAACAGCAUUGGUGGUCCGAAGCCUUUCGGAGGCGUUCAAACCGCGCCCAGUCUGGUGUCCGCACCAUCCUUGAACUCCAGCAGCAACACUCUGCCCCGUCCGCAGAGCCAAAACGUCACUGGUCGAUACUCCACACUGCCAAAGCCCAAAAGUUCCCUCUUCAGAGAACGCUCCGAAACCGCUAACCAUGUUAACUACCGUAUUGUUGAACGCGCAUGUCUUGUGUGGAAUGAAAUUACCGGACCUAUAAAAAACUUUCAAACGAAACCCUAUGAAACGGUUGAAAUGUCAAAACGUCAUUCCUGUUCCUGUUUCCCUUUACUAUCCUGUACAGACUCCUACUUUGAUGAAUCCGACUACUACGAAGUAACAGAAACUCAUUUCGAAAGUCUUCCAUCAUCGCCACCUCCACCUUCCGUAAAAAGUAAGAGCCUUGUAUGGCCCCCGGCGAAACCACUUGAAGAUAUCACAUACCCAACAGCGAGUCCUUUGUACAUUAACCCAAACCCGAUCCUAAAUCAAAGGCAGCAAAGAGCUAUUGAAGAAAAACGACAAAACCAACUGAUGGAGCAGCAACAGGAAAUCAAAAUUCAUCGAGAGCACAGCGAAGAACGAGCAAGAAUGGAACAGGCGACUUGCUCCGGCCCGGUAUACAGAAGGGUACAACUCCACGGAGUAACGACUCAGAGAGAGUCGAGAUCAAGAGAAGUCGUUUGCUCAAGACCAACUUCAAGAGCGGCAUCGAGAGAGAGUCUGCGAAGAUCUCUGACGCCUACGAAAAUAACUCAGCCGACUCCUCAGCCUUGGACAGCGACUGUUACUUCGGGUACAAACAUCUACGAACAGUCGUGUCCGGCUCUAAUUUGCGACACAGUAUGCGAACAGGAACAAAUAUGCGAAAAGCAGGUAUCAUGUGAGAAUCAUACAUGCCAAAGUCAGCAAACCUGCGAGCGUAAACAGAUAUCCCAUCAUCAUCAUCACGUCUGUCAUCAGCCCUGUCAGCCAGUUUGCAAGCCGGUGUAUCGGCCAGUGUGUCCACCUAAGGCUCCGCAGCAAGUGAGCCUCUUCAAAACAGCUAUCUGUGAACCAGAACCAGAGCCAGAACCUGAACCUGAACCGGAACCAGAACCCGCAUCUCCGGUAGUAGAGACGGAAGUAACUUUCACGUUCCGAAGACCAAACAGCGUUACCUUAUCGGAAGUCGUACCAAAAUACGUGGCUGUUUGCCCUGCGGGCAUCGAAGGUCAGCAUGACUACGUGACUGAAACUACUGAGGAUGAUGUUGGCCCAAUACACAUUAAAAAGACAACGAUCUACGAGAAGACGGUGGAAGUCGUUGAUGAUGAAGACGAAGAGUGUUCAGAAGUAGAAAAUCGACGAUCUAUCCACCUGGACCAGGAGGUCGAGAACAUUUCUGAUAGGAGAGAUAUUGCAGAAUGUGCUGAGGUCAUAUCGUCAGCUGUUGGGACGCAGCAGCUAAUGGAGAAGAUUAAACAGGAGGAACAAGAAAUUGUUGAAGGAGAACGAACGACAGCUGUUCACCAAGUUUCGUCAUCCGUUCAACCCAACAUGGGAAAACGUGUGAGCAUCACCGAGCAAGAGAGUACGGACGAAGGAUGUUUCAUAGAACGCCACCAGACCGUCAAAGAAGACGAUGCACAUAGGUAUGAAGAGUUGACGGAGGAAAUCAGGAUUCAAGAAAACUUUAGGCAGCAAGAGAUGGAAGAACAGAGGCGCCAGAGUUUGCGAGAGCAAGUGCAAGUGCAUCAAACUCUGCGUGAGCAGCAAAUUCCCGAACGACGACCACCACCACCAACUCUUCAAGAACGCAGACUCAGCGCAAAGUUUAGCCAACAGGAUUUUUCACGUCAGCAGGUACAAACAGCGGAAACAUCUUGCGCCAAGAAACAUGUGCAGUUUGUAAAGGAAACGGGAUCUGGAAUAAAGCGACUUCCACCCACAACGAUUAAAAAUUCCACACCAAAGCAAUGGAAAUCGGAAAUGGUAAACGCCUUGACAACGGCACCGGAUAGAGCCUAUUCACCAUUGACCACGUCACCUUUGACGGAGGACAACAGCUGCGUUGAGGAUUCUUACACCGAAGAAAAAUGUUACUGCGAAGAAACUCAGGUCUUGACGAACGAAUGUGAGCCACAACGUUGCGUUUCCCCGUUUCAGCAGGCUCUAACCACCGCACCAGACCGAUCGUACACACCGUUGGGAUUCUAUGAUGAGCCAGACCAAUACCAAACUGAGAUAGAAGUGUGCCACCGCUCGCAAACUCCCACGGUCCAGGCAAAUCCUGGUCCGGACGGAUACUGCGCACCAGCGGAAAUCUUGUAUGCUGAUGAUACUAUGGAAGAGACGGUGAGACGAGAGAGGAGGGUCCCAAAGUCGGUAACGCCACAGCCAUUGCCGUUGCCUCCACCUGACUUUCAUUUUAGAGAUUCGUCCCAGCCGCGAUCUCGAUCGCAAACACCGAGCAAUCGGUCGCUGAUGACCGGUCUGAAGAAACCCGGUACGAUUCCCCCGUACCAACGGAAUUUAGUUGCCAUGCAGAAGAUUCCGGUCGAAGUUCACAAUUACAUUCCCAGUAGAUCUCCGACACCGGCACCGGGAAGGUCGAAAUCUCCUGCUCAAGGACCACCCGAACCACCGGCAUGCUACGUCAAGGCUCAAGCCCCAAAAGUUAAGACCGAUGAUCCACCCAGGGCGACAACACCUUCGGGUGGCAGGCACAACAAAAAACCGCAGGAAGAGGGAGAGUCAUAUACGUACCACGAAGAAAAGAACACACCACGUGGCCGUGUUAUAAAGGAUGUUGAGGGAUCUCUUCGAAUCGCUUACGCAGGCGAUGAAGAAUCGUUCGUUGCAAGUGAAAAGGAGGUGGUAGAGACGUUGAAGAACGUUAAAAAGACUCCGGUAUGCGAUAUAAAAAAGCCCUGCAGUAUACCAAUCGUAGUUGAAUCUGCAAGGAAGCCCGAGCCGCAGUAUGAAUCAUAUCAAAAAUCCGUCUGCGUGAUGGGAAAACUGAACCAACCACAGGGUACGUUGCCCUGUCCAAUAGGCAAGAGCCAGUCCGAAAGAUUCCCAAGAACAGGAGUCCGCGUUUUACCUCCUUGUCCGAAAACUAUAGUGAACGAACAAUCGCAAUGCAAGAAAAGCAUCUACUCUGAAGCUCAGUCUCAGUCUCAGGUCUGCCAACGCACAGUGUCACAGUCUCAGCGCAGCGCAUUUUGCGGUACCAAGCCUAAGAGUCACCUGCAGACUGGGCCGACCGCCGAAGGGAGUCGAAGUUACUCACAGUCCGGUGUCUGCAGCAUCCCCACAACCGAUCGAAGAGGCCUCUGCGUUUCCCCGUGCGUUGGAGUGGAGCAGCAAAGUUGCGGUCAGCCAUCGGGCACCUGUGGAAGACGUUUGGGUUCGUCAGCUUUGGAUAUAGGCAAUAGCCCCCUGUCAGACGUCUGCAUAACACCGUGCAACGACGGUUCGGUCUGCAUAGCCCCAUGUCCAAAACCAAUACUGAAGAAUCAGUGUCCCUUUGCCUGUUCGCCGACAGCUGACUUGGCCUUUCCUCAGAUUCCUCUACCCUACGAUGACGACAACGAACCCGUUUGCCCUCUAGCUAAAAACCCGAUACCAAAGUUAAACGAUUUGGGGUUUCAACCGAUCCAUACGCCUCGCACUAACCUUGGAUGCCAGCUUACGCAGCUAGUCCACAAAACGAACAAGCAAUCGGUCCACGUGUACAAACCUCAGGCCCAGUGCUCGUCUCAGACCCUGUGUCAGACCCAAAGUCCAAAAUGCCACCUCUUAGCCCCGAUUAGUAAGACCCAGAAUUUAGUAGACCCACCGAAUUUGUCAUCCCACCCGGAUUUAGGUACCGGCAUUGGAGGUCCAGGUUCGAAGAGCGGUGCCGUCGCUGGUAACACAGCUCCUAAACGUGGUCGCGGUAUCUUGACGCAGCAAGGUGGUCCUGGAUCGCGUGUUCCUCUAUGCGGGUACUGCAACUCUUACGUCAGGGGUCCGUUCAUCACGGCACUCGGUAACAUCUGGUGCCCCGACCAUUUUGUAUGCGUAAACGCGCAAUGCCGUCGACCGCUCCAGGAUAUCGGGUUCGUGGAAGAGAAGGGACAAUUAUACUGCGAGUACUGUUUCGAACAGUUCAUUGCCCCACCUUGCAGCAAGUGCAACAACAAAAUCAAAGGGGAAUGCCUCAACGCCAUUGGAAAACAUUUCCACCCUGAGUGCUUCAACUGUUCAUACUGCGGCAAGCUUUUCGGAAAUAAUCCGUUCUUCUUGGAAGACGGAUUACCCUACUGUGAGGCUGAUUGGAACGAACUAUUCACGACGAAAUGUUUCUCAUGCGGUUUUCCGGUGGAAGCCGGCGAUAGAUGGGUCGAAGCUUUGAGCAACAACUAUCACAGCCAGUGCUUCAAUUGCACGAUGUGUAAAAAGAAUCUCGAAGGUCAAAGCUUCUACGCGAAAGGAGGUCGUCCGUUCUGCAAAAAUCAUGCGCGCUAAUGCGGAGGGAAUAUCCGACCUCUGAAACCAAAAAAUAACAAUUACAAUUAUAUUCUAUAAUUUUCCUAAGCAGAAACACGUUACGGAAGCCGUCAUUAACCGCGUACGAAUAAUUAAUUAUGCCAUACUGUGCGAGGAUAAUUAUUAUAUUUAUCUGUAAGAAACAGUGAAAAGAAGAUUUAUUUCACCCUCUCGAGUCAUAUUACAACAUUUUACGAGUCGCUUGCGAUAAUAAUUCUAAUUACAAAACCGAAAAGUAUUUCCGUGCGCGAAUGUCAUUUAUAAAUUUAAUUCACAAACUUGACGAAAGUGGGUGAAGUUUAAAUACCACAAGCAAUUCAUAAGCAUCAGCAUGAAAGCAAAUCAACUUAGCUGAAACAUGCGAAGGUCGUCUUGCCAAUUAGAAAUAUUAUACAAAAUUGCAUAUUUAAUUGCGCGUUUCGAUUUCUUUACGUAAAAUGCUGCAGUCACGAAGACAUUGCGGAUUAUUCCGAUGAAAAAUUAAAUAAACGAGCGGUAAUCCAAUUCGGGCAUGACCUUAGGUUCCAGAAUAUCGAGUUAUGAUAAGAAUUUCAUCUUACCAAACGAUGUAAUUAAUUUAUUAAAAAUAUUGUAUAUCGAACCGAACCUGUGGGAUAGAAAACAGUUGAUAAAAAUCAAUGAAUUAUUAAACGAGUCGAAAUACAAUAUCAAUUUUUGGUCAAAAAUUAUAAGAAAAAUAAAUAUAUUAUAGGUACGUAUUGAAAGUCUAACAUAUUUUUAUCAAUACGUUAUAUAUUAUAUAGUGAGUUUUCGCGUAUUAUAUGUUAUAGCUUUAUUUGAAGAGAGAGAGAGAGAGAAAAAAAUACAAAAAGUAAAAAAUAAAAAUUUGGUAUUCAGUCAAAGCUCUCAACGGCGUUGCAUUUCGUUGCUCUGCACGUUUGAUACACAGAAACUAACGAACGCCGUCGAGAUCGUGAGAGAAUCAGUUUUACGAUAAGGAAUACGAUCACCUAAUAUAGUGGUAACAGUAAUCAUAUGCAUAAGUACAUCGUUUAUGUAAAUGGAUAUGCGCAUCCAGUCAAAGCAAUACAGUUGCCAUAUUAAUAUUAUGCCAGGUUACCGUUUUAGUGCCAUUUUCAAGCUUGUGUCAUAAUAGUCAUGAAAAUAACUGGCACAUCUUUUACCAAUAACGAGGAUAAUAAAUUAAGAUUUAAACAGUACGCAUAAUAUCUAAGAAUUUAAGCUAUAUAUUUAAUUGGAAAAUAAAAUUACAUAACAAUCGGACGUCGCAAUUUUUAAUUGAUAUAAUACUUUAAUUAUGUUUGAUGAAGAUUUCUGCAGAAGUGUAAUUCAAUAACUUGAUGUUGUUCUUAGGCAAGAACAAGCAUUGUUAGUUGAAAUCUAAAAGAGAGCAACGUUGUCAGUUGGUGAAAAAAAUUGUUGGAAAUUUACAAUCGCUCGAGCGUUUUCAAUUUAAUUGACGAUCGACACCAACAGCUGUAUAUUAAAAGUUUCAAAAUCAAUUACGUUAAGUAUGAGUCCCCGAAAGGUCCUAUGUAUCCCCUUACGUGUUGCUUACAAUAAAAUAAAUAGUCGUAUUUAACUCAA